AUGAAGUGCUGGAACGCAGCCCUGGUUCCACAGACCUUUGGGAAAAAGGAAGGGAAGGAAAACCUGAAGCCGUGGAAGCCCCGGAUUGAAGCGAAGCCGGGGCCCUUGAACAAGGAUAAGGGAGAGAAGGAAGAGAGACCAAGGCAACAAGACCCGCAGAGGAAGGCUCUCCUCCACAUAUUUUCCGGCAAACCUCCAGAGAAGCGGCUGCCAAAUCGAAAAGGAUCCACGGAAUCUUCGGAUUAUCUGAGGGUUGCAAGCGGGCCAAUGCCGGUCCACGCAACCAGUAAGAGGCCGCGCGUGGACCCUGUCCUCACCGAUCGCUCAGCUACCCAAAUGUCUGACAGGGGCUCCGCCUUGGCUUCACUGUCUCCCCUCAGAAAAGCCAGUCGGAGCUCCUCCUCAAGUCUUGGAGCAAAGGAAAGACAGACAGGGGCUGCGGCCGACAUCCCUCAGCCUGCAGUGAGGCACCAGGGCCCCGAGCCUCUCCUCGUGGUGAAGCCGACACACAGCAGCCCUGAGGGUGGCUGCCGAGAAGUUCCCCAGGCCGCCUCCAAAACCCACGGCCUGCUCCAGGCCAUCAGCCCCCAGGCACAAGACCAGCUUCCUGCGGUGACCUCACAGCCCUGCCCACCAGCCCCCACACAGGGCUUGGGCCUCGGCUCCAAUCUCAGCUUCAGGCCAGGAGCCAAGAGACCUGCGCAGGCUCCGAUUCAGGCUUGCCCGAACUUCCCCAAGAAACCGAGACUGGGUCGCUUCCAGAUCCCCGAAAACGCCACCCAGGGAGUUGAGCUGGGGGCCCCGGAGAAUCUGCAACCUCCGCCAGCCGCAACGGAACUUGGACCAAGUAGGUCGCCCCAGAUGGGCAGGAGGACACCCGCCCAGGUGCCCAGCGUCGACCGGCAGCCACCGCACAGCAGACCUUGCCUGCCUACCGCCCAGGCCUGCACCAUGUCCCAUCACCCAGCGGCCAGCUAUGAUCCGGCCCAGCCUCUCAGAGUGCUCUUCCGGAGACUGGAAAACGGAUGCUGGAGCUCCAGCCUCCUGACAGCCCCCUCAUUUCACUCUCCUGAGAAGCCGGGAGCCUUCCUCGCUCAGAGCCCUCGUGUCUCAGAGAAGUCCGAGGGUCCCUGUGUUCGUGUCCCACCGAGCGUCCUCUAUGAGGACCUUCGGGUUUCCUCCUCCUCAGAGGACAGCGAUUCUGACCUGGAGUGAGACUGCAGGUGGCAGGGGCUCCUUGGCCUCCAGCUCCCGUGACUUGGAGGGGACUGUGGGACUGAGGAGCGGUAGAGCACGGAGCAGACUCUGUGCGGUGACUCCGAAGCUCCCCGGCUGCGGCGCCUCUGUGGAUGUGGGAGCCCAGGCCAGGCAGGGAGCAGAUGCGGGGACUCUGCCUCCUUGAAUUCUGGUGAGGGACAUUGUAGUUCGCAUGGGUAUCCGGAAACGCGCCAGGA